UAAUAAAAGUGGAGUAGAGUCGUAAAAAAUUCUGUUAUUAAAUUUUUAAAUAAGAUAAAUCUUUCGUAUUAAAUCGAAUAUAAAUCAUUUAUGUAAAUAAAAUGGGUUUUCCAAGAAUCAUAAGCAAAAAUAAUAAAAUCUAUACGAAGUUAGGAGAAUUUUGUUUAUCUUGUGAUGGUACAAAUUUUUUUAUUGUUUGCCAUAUAUGCCAAAUGGAAAUUCAGUUGCAGGAUCACUUUUGGAAACAUAUACAAGAUGAACACAAUUUUUUACAUGGAAGCCUUAAAGAAGAAUGCCAAACUACCAAUUACAUUGAGCCAGAAACAUUAAUGCCAUUGCCACUUUAUCGUAAAGUGAACGAUGGUGAACAGCAAGAUGGUGACCAAACCGACGAUUCACAGGAUCAAAGUGAGCCAAAAGAUUAUACCGAAAUGCGAUCUAUCGAACCCAAUGCAGUGCAAGUUGAUAUUAAAGUGGAACCAACUAAUUUGAAUAAGACAAUUAAAUUACAAACAGCGACACAAACACACAAUGCAAAUACAGGCACAACCCAAACAAUAUAUCAAUUACCACAAGCACCGACAACCUAUGCAACAAUCGUACACACACCGCUAUUACCAACGUUAACAGCAGCACCGCCACAAACAGCCGUGGCAACCACUCUAAUGCCACCAGAAAUGCCAAAAGAUUCAAGCACAACUGCUAGUGCUAGUAGUGCUAUAUCGUCUGAGGACGGAGAGCGAUGGUAUAUAUGUGAUCAUGAAACCUGCGGCCUUAAAUUCAAAUAUCAAAGUAGAUUAGAACUACAUCGUUCGGUGCAUAGUAAAAUAAGACGCUUUGCAUGUGAAUUGUGUGGCGCUUCGUUUAAACAAUCUUGCAAUCUGUCAACGCAUCGCAAAAAGAAACAUUUUCUAAAGGGCUCGAAAAGUUUAGUCUCGCAAUCAUUUUAAUUUUUGCUAACAGCAAUUUUAACACUCUUUCAAAUAU